AGAGAUGAACCAAGCCCACAUAGCCCAACCAUGGUCAUAAUUUGACAGCCAUUUCCAGGCACAAAGCCCACAUGCCCCUCUUGUUUGGUAAUAAUUUCUACCAGCUGGACCUCAUCAUUUCUCAACAAAACAGGGUUUAACAAGCUGAGAAACCAUCCUCUGCAAUUUCAUUUUCCUCUCUGUGUAGUUUCACCCCUAACCAAACAGCCCCAAAUCCCAGAAGCCAUGGCGACCUCCAGCUCAAUCCAGAACUCGGAACCCCCCGCAGACAAACAGAUCUUCAUCCUCUCCGGCCAGAGCAACAUGGCCGGCCGUGGCGGCGUCAACAGGCACAAAAAGUGGGACGGCUUCGUGCCCCCGGAGUGCUGCCCCCACGCGUCGAUCCUCCGCCUGAGCGCCGACUUCCGGUGGGAGGAGGCUCGCGAGCCGCUCCACGCCGACAUCGACACCAAGAAGCCCUGCGGCGUCGGUCCCGGAAUGUCGUUUGCGAACGCGGUCAGGACGCCGGAGGGGACGGUGGGACUGGUGCCGUGCGCGGUGGGGGGAACCGCCAUAAGGGAGUGGGCGCGAGGGGAGCACCUCUACCAGAGGAUGGUGGAGAGAGCGAGGGUCUCGGCGAGGGAUGGUGGCCGGAUCCGGGCCGUGCUUUGGUACCAAGGAGAGAGCGACACUUCGGAUCAGCGUAAUGCGGAGGCGUACAAGGCUAAUAUGGAGAAGCUCAUUCAUGAUCUCCGCCACGACCUUCAAUUGCCUUCGCUUCCAAUCAUUCAGGUCGCAAUUGCCUCAGGAGAUGAGAGGUAUAUGGAGAGAGUAAGGGAAGCACAAAGGGGCAUAGAUCUCCCAAACGUGGUCUGUGUGGAUGCCAAGGGACUCCCCCUAGCAGAGGAUCAUCUUCAUCUCACCACAGAGGCUCAAGUUCAACUAGGCCUCAUGCUGGCCCAUGCAUACCUUACUCACUUUGCAUCUAGCCAGUAAAAUUAAUUAUUUUGCUUAGAAAGACAUAAUGAUUAUUUCUUUUUCUUUUUUUAUUUUUAAAGAUUUUUUUUUGUCACAUUAUGGGUCUGUUUGGAUUGAAGAUUUUGCUUGGAAAAAGAAAAAAAAAAAGGAAUAUAAGGGGAAAAUUCAUUUUUUAUUA